GUUAUGGAUAAGGAUACUGGCCACUCUAAGGGUUUUGGAUUUGUCCAAUUCGCUUGUCCACAAGGGCCACAGAGGCUCCUUAGUGAGAUGAUGAAUAAAGAUAUUUAUGAACAACAACAACGGAGUAAAUCUACAGGAGACCAACAACAACAACAACAAAAGCCUAUCUAUUACCAACAGCUCAUUGUUAGAGGGAGAAAGCUUGAUUGCAA